AUGAGCAACAUGAAUAUACUUGCGUAUCUUUUGAUAUGUCCCUUUAACUUAAUAUAUAUAUUUGACCUUCCUUCAUAUAUACCUGAGUUAAAUAAAAAGCUGGAGAAUGACGAGGUGUUUAUAUAUGGAAAAGAAAUAAGAAAGAAUGAAUCUGCAUAUUCUUUACAUUAUGAAAAAUAUUUAUAUGAAUUAUCAAGAAGAUAUUAUGAGAUAAUAUUAAAAUAUAAUAAGGAGCUCGGGGUUAAUCAAGAAAAAGAAUAUAAUUUAAUAAUAAGUAGAGAGAUAGAUAAAAAAAAAAAAAAACAAAAAAAUAGUACACAAGGAGAAUAUAAUAAUGAUGAUGAUAAUAAUUGGAAAUUAUUCCAAAUAUAUGAGAAGGAAGAACCCAGAUCAUACGAAUUAAUACGUGUUGAGAUUUACAAAAAAGAUAUUCUUUUAAUUUAUAAAAAUGAAAAAACCAAAUCAUCAAUAAAAUUUAUAAUAAAGAAAAGAAAAGAUAUAAAAAAUUAUUUCUCAUUAUGUUAUCAAAAUUGUAUAAAUAAAUUAGAUAAAAAUGAUUAUAAUAUUUUAAAAAGUACAAUAAAUAAUAGUAAAGAAAAUAUAAUUAAUAGUGCUUAUAUAUAUAUGUAUAUAAUAUUUUUCUUUUUAUGUAUAUAUGUAGAAAAAAAUUUAUUUUUAUACUUUCCUAUAUUAUUACAAAAGUAUGAAAUACUAACAACAUUAUUUAUUUUAUUUAUUCCUUUAAUUCUUUUUGUUUUUUUUUAUUUUUAUUUUACUAUAAUCAAGUUGAUAUGUUCUUGUCUAGUUUUAUAUGUAACAUUUCAAUUAAUUUAUUAUACUCAAGGUAUGCCUAUAUAUAUGGAACAUAGCAUAUUGAAACAUAAAGAAAAAGAAGAAAUUUGUGAUGAAAAAGAAGAAAUUUGUGAUGAAAAAGAAGAAAUUUGUGAUGAAAAAGAAGAAAUUUGUGAUGAAAAAGAAGAAAUUUGUGAUGAAAAAGAAGAAAUUUGUGAUGAAAAAGAAGAAAUUCUUGAUAAAAAAAAAAAAAUUCAUGAAAAAAAAAAAAAAAUUCAUGAUAAAAAAGAAGAAAUUGAUGAAAAAAAAAAAAAAAUUCAUGAUAAAAAAGACGAAAGUCAUGAUAAAAAUGAAGACAUAACAUAUCCUGUUCAAUAUAAUAUAGAAAAUGAUUUAUGGUACAGCUCAAAAAAUGUAGAUAUUAAAAUGUAUUCAUCUUCAAAUAAAGGAGAAGAAUAUAUUAUACAGAAUACAUUAAAACAUUUUAGAUUAAUGAAUAUGUGUAUGACAUAUAUAUGUAUCUUUGCUGUUGAUUUUUAUUUCUUUCCAAAUCAUUUUUGUAAAUCCUAUUAUUAUGGAAAUACACUAAUGGAUAUAGGGAUAGGUGCUUCUAUAAGCUCCAGUGCAUAUUCUCAAGAAAUAAAAAAGUUUACAUAUAUAAAAGAGAAGAAAAGAAUAAUUGAAUUAAAACAUAUAGUUUUAUUUAUUUUAGGAAUAUCUAGAUUUAUUGGAAUAUAUCUUUUUAAUUAUAAUUAUAAUAUAAGUGAAUAUGGAAUACAUUGGAAUUUCUUUUUAACAUUAUGUACUACAUUUCUUAUAUCUAAUAUAUGUUUUAUUUUAUUAAAAAGGAUACGUUAUAUUUUUCUUUUUAGUAUAAUCUCUAUAAUUCUUUUUGAAAUAGCCAUAUACUAUUUUGACUUACAUAAUUAUAUAUUAUUAAAAAAUGAUAGAUUAAAUUUCUUUUCAUCAAACAAAGAAGGCUUAUUUAAUAUUAUAGGUUCUGUUAAUUUGUAUUUAUUUUCUUUCUCAUUAUUUAAAUAUUUAACAAAACAAAGGACAUACAUAACAACCUCGAACAUUCCAAAAAAUAAAAAGGAUAUGAAUAAUUCUAUGUAUUCAAAGAACGGUAACCACACAAAUAGCAAUAUAAAUAAUAGGAAUCAUAAAAUUGUAAUUCGGAAUAAUCAUAUAAAUAAAUAUGAACAAGAUAACACAAAUAAGUAUAUUAAUAAACAAAUAAAUAAUAAUAAGAAUAAACUUGAUGAAGAAGAAAAAUUAAAAAAAUUAAAAAAAUUAAAAAACAAAAAAAAAAAUUUAAAAAAAAAAAUUAAAUAUUAUUUGUUAUACCUUCAAUAUAUAAUAAAUAUAUAUAAAGAAGAAUAUUAUACUAUUUAUUAUAAUAUAAAAUUAAUUAUAUCAUCUUUUAUUUUUUAUUUAUUACAUAUAAUUCUUAAUUUAUAUAAAAAUUAUAGUGUGCGUAUAUUAUGUAAUGCAAAUUAUAUUUUUUUAAUAACAUCAUUGGGUUUGUUUUCUUGUGCCUUGAGUUUUUCCUUAGAAGAUAUAUUAUUAAGAUAUAAAAAAUAUAAAAUAAAUAUUGAUAUAACAGUAUUGGAUAAGAUAAAUAAAAAUACAUUGAUAGUUUUUCUUUUCUCGAAUAUACUUGUGGGCAUGUUCAAUAUUCUAUUUCAAACUUUAUUAUUACCUCUUAUAUUUGUAAUACCUAUAUUGGUAUUUUAUUCUUUCUUAAUACUGCUUUUUACAAAAUGCUUACCACCUUCCAUACGCCAUCCAAAAAAAAAAACACAUCAUGAGGAAAAGCAAAAAAAAGAAUGA